AGUUGAGGAACGUUUAAACGAUUAAUUUAGCUGAUCAUGCAAUCAACAAACAUUAGUUGAUAGUUCAAUUACUCCUCCAAACACAGUUGAUACCGAAACGAGCAAAAAUUCGAAUUUUUUCGGAUUUUUACACUUUCUGAAAAAAAUCGUUGAUCUUAUUUAGUGGACAAAAUUUUUUUGAUACAAACCAUUCUUGACUUUUUCUGAUACAAACCAUGCAUUUCUUUUUUGUUCUAUUAACAGUGUGCAACAUUAUCGUCUUCAGUAUAACUGAGUCAAAAGCGUUCGUUGGUGAGGGAUAUUACUGUUCGCCUUUUCUACCCUGCGAGGAGGGUCUUCUAUGCACGAAAGUAGGAGUCAAACUUAGUCAUGGGACCAGGAGACAUAGACCAAUUCACAACAACAAUAUGUGUCAGAGAUCCAUUGGACAGAAGUAACAAAAUUGUGGUGCCAGCUACUACAUCCGAUACUGCAAACAAUGGAACGAUCAUCAUAGACCCCGAGGAAGUGCACCACAAUAAUCUUCACCAAAAUGCAGACCCAAAUGAACUGAGGAAGAAAUCGCAUGAAGACGACCAUUUGAUUGACCUACAUGUGGCAACUCAAAGGGUCUAUGCUGCUCUAGGACAAACUGCCAAUCUCAAAUGUUUCGGAGCAAGUUCAAAUGAAGAUGAGUCCAGCGACGCUGUUGCUGAGUUCACUACACCAGAUGGCUUCUCCAUGCCAGUUGGCACCGAUGACCAGAGAUACCAGCUGGACACUGAUGGGAUCUUGACAAUCAAGAAGGUGGACUUCGAUGAUGUCGGGACAUACAAGUGCGUUCCAAAAAGAGUCGACCCUACAGAACUGGAAGAUACCUCGGUUAAGUUGUUUGAAGUGCGUCUUCUUGACUGUCGUUUCGUCGGCUGCAGCAGACCCGAAUGCGACUGUGUUUUCACCUCCGCCCACGAACUGGCUAGAUGUCAAUGCCAGGACACGAAAACCAGCUGGUUCAAUCGACCAUCAGACGAUACGUCAUGGCCGCUUCCUACUUUUAGACAAUGUGUAUUCAUUACAGUUCUAGUUUUGAUUCUGGACAUUCCUGUUUUUAUUCUAUGGUACAAGGAGUACAAGAGAGAAAUUCACGAAGCUGCUUCAACAGCCAAGCGCAGAGUAUCGGUGAUCUGUAAGAAGCCAACGGCUGUAUGCAGGCCAUGCGGAAAACGAUCACAACAGUCGAGGCACGCCUAAAAAUCAGCUUUUAC